AUGCAACCCCCGAUGGGGUACGCCGGGAUUAAAAAAAAAUCGACGACCGCCGGGGGCGAAAAGGCCGACGCGGCGACGCGCCCGCCCGGCGGGGGAGGGGAACGCGGGCAGGCGAAAUCCACCCCAACCCCGCCUUUUCUCGAUCCGCGGAACCCAUCCCGGCUCGCGGAACUCCGUCGUCGCGAAGGGACGGAGCACCGGCGGGGGAUUUUCAGCCACAUCCCGUUUGCCGCCCUGCGGAGGUGUUUGGUGGGUCGUGGGCGCGGCCGGGGGGGGCCUCCGGCGGCCCUGAACGAAGGAGGAGGGUCGCGUGGGAAUCGAACGGAAUCGCCGCGAACGACCGCGGGGUCGGAUUCGCCGCGGAAAUCGAACGGGCGUUUCACCCCAGACGACGCCGUUCGCGCGCGGGUGUUGUGCAGCGUGCGGUAUAAAAGCUACGUCGAGGCGUGGGAACUGCGGCGGGGGAGACCCUUGGGGGGGCGGCGGUUUUGCCGCCCCUUUGAGCGUUGGGGGGUCGUGAAUAACCUCGUCCGGCGGAUCUCCUGCGCGGCCGCGAUCUACGCGUGGAAGAUUCUCUUCAGCCACACCCCCCACGACGAUUCGAAGCAGACCGCGCUGCACACGACGGAGGAGCGGAUCGCCCGGCUGGAGCGGGUGCGGUGUCGGAAUCAGAUGAUCCUGGAGUGCUACGACGUCCACUCGGAGCGGGAGUGGAUGCGGGAGGCCUGCAAGGAUUUGAGCUUCGUCGGCCACAUCUGGGUCCCACGGGAGGCCUCGGAGAAGAAAGACCCUUACGCGGCGGAGCGCUGUCGGCAAACGUUUGAGUUCGUGGAAAAAUUCAUCCUGCAGUGCUUCCCCGUCGUGGAGGCGGUGGAGCAGAUCCCGAAGUUUCUCCUCGAGGCCGGGAUUUUCUUCCUCGUACGGGAGGUUUUUAAUGGGGUGUGCGAUUAUGAAAAAACGUACAUCGACGCCGACCUCUUCGCGCGAUACCACCCGGGGUUGAUCGCGUCCGAUCACUCGCUGUCGCCUGUCGAUUCAACCGGCCCUCGACGAACCCCCCUCACGAUGCAUCAGCGGCAGCGAAUUCAGGUUUACGAGCAGGCCGUGAUGCUUGCGCAGCUGGUGAAUUGGUUUAGCUAUCGGGAAACACGAAAAUGCAGCGAGGGGGAGGAGGCGUUGUCCGUUGGGUAUGGCGGGGGGGGGGGAGGGAAUCGCCAUCCGACCCCACCCCAAACGCAGCCCCUCGCCGAUUCUGGGGAACCCCGGGGCGCGAAAAAACCCCUCCCGGAGGAUCCGAGGGCGAAAACCCCCGAAACGGGCCUCGCCCAGGGGGAGGCCCGAUCCCGCGCGCUUUCGUUAUUGAUGGAUUCCCCCCCAGGUCGACCCCACGGGGUGCUGCCGACCUCGCCUGGGAGCCUCGUGAAAAGUCUUUUGACGGCCUUCCACGUCGGCGCCGCCCCCCCACCUCGUGGAGGGACCCCCCGGCAUGUCGAUAUGCACCCCCUGAAGACGCCGAUUUUUGAAGCCGCCGGGGGUGGCUGCGUGCCGAAUGGCGUGCUCGCGGCGACGGGGAUCCGACUCGUGCAUCUCCCGGCCUGUGUGCUUCACGGCUGGUCCACCGCCCGACGCGGGGGGGCUUUUUUGAAAGAACGCGAAAGCGAACUCCGCGCGAUGCUCGCGGCGUGGUUGCAUACCUCGUCUAGCAAAAAACACACGACGGAGCGCGGGGAGGAGCUGCUGGUGCUCUACCCACCGCAUUUCCUCAGACACAUCAGCACCCAACUCGCGUACGUGUUGCUCGGCACGACGGCCUCUCUGGAGAUGUGUGAAGAUCUCGAAUGUGUGGAGGAGUAG